UUACGUUAAACGUAAAAAUACAGCCAUAAAUUAAACCUUUUCAGAAAGCUUUUAAAUGUCGAAACAUAUAGAAAGAAAUUAGACACUUAUUAUAGGAUAAAAAUCACAAUAACUGGAAUAUAAUCGGAUCAUAACAUCAUUGCCAAAGGCAAUAAUUUCUAAAAAAAUCUAAGAUGCGGUACGCUCAGCUCGUUGUUGGACCUGCUGGUAGUGGUAAAUCUACAUACUGUUCCACAAUGGUAAAACACGCAACACACGCCAAUCGCAUAAUAGAAGUAGUGAAUCUAGACCCGGCAGCAGAACACUUUGACUAUGAGCCACUUGUGGACAUCAGAGAGCUGAUACACUUAGAUGACGCCAUGGAAGAUGAAGAGUUACAGUUUGGACCAAAUGGUGGACUUGUUUUUUGUAUUGAGACACUCCUCGAAAACAGUGAUUGGUUAGAAGAACAACUAGGUGAUGUAGAUGACGACUAUGUCCUCUUUGACUGCCCAGGUCAGAUCGAGUUGUACACACACUUGCCUGUCAUGCGAAGGCUGGUUGAUCAGCUGGAGAAAUGGAAUUUCAGAAUAUGCGUAGUGUUUAUGAUUGAUUCACAAUUCAUGGUUGAUGGAGCCAAGUUUUUGUCAGGCACAAUGGCAGCACUUAGUGUGAUGGUGAAUCUAGAACUUCCACAUGUAAACGUCCUCACCAAAAUGGACUUGCUUAGUAAAUCUGCAAGAAAACAGUUGGAUGACUACCUAGAUCCAGAUCCGCACGUUCUCUUAUCAGAUAUGCGUAACUCAAAAUCGAAAUGGCACGAAAAAUACGCCAAGCUAACAGAAGCUAUUGGCGAAGUCAUUGACAACUUCAGUCUAGUACGAUUCUACCCUCUUAAUAUCAAAGAUGAUGAGAGCAUAGACAAUAUUUUAUUGACCAUAGACAAUAUAAUACAAUAUGGAGAAGAUGCUGAUGUUAAAAUCAAGGACUUCGAUGAACCGGAUCCGGAAGAUGGCAAUGUCGAUGAUAAUAAAUAUUAUGGUGAAUAAAUUAUUUGGUACAAGUUUUUGUGUAUUCAUGGAGACCAAUCGUUCAAGAAGACUACUAAUGGCUGUACAAGAUGGCGUAGUUGGGUAUUUAGUGCUUAUUGGUAUACCAGAUGUCGCGAGAAGUACCAAAUAACAAUUUUUGUAACUAAUUUGUAAAUAAUUGACGAACUACAAUUAAUCAAAGC